AUUCCUGCGACGUAUUCCGCGUACUCGUCACAUGUGUUUUGGAAACGCGACUCGUGCUGUGGAUAUUGUAUCCUCUAUUAAAGUGAUAUUAGUAACGUUUGAACAGUAAUGUCGUUUUUGGAGGACGAAACAUCAGACAGCGGGGUGGACUCACGCUCGCGCCUGGAAAGCUAUGUGUUCAGCUGCGAGUUGUCUUCUGAAGUUCCAUUUUACACAUUUCAAGCAGAUGAAGAUGAAGAUGUGGAACAUUUUCUGGAGCUCAGGACGAUUUGUCUGGGUGACGGUGCCAAAGAGGAGAAUAACCUUGUGGAAGUGACCGCUAUGAAUCACCAAGGAAAGAAAACAUCAGUGCCCGUAGCUAAUCUCAACAUUUCCUGCCUGCCUAUGGUAAGCCUUGGGGAGUUUGAGUUGAUGGCUCCUGUCACACUGCGCCUGAAAUCUGGAUCUGGACCAGUGACUGUCAGUGGGCUUCAUUUAGUUGCCACAGAGAAUGAAGAGUCUGAAAUAUCAGAUGAAGAUGAAGAUGAUGAUGAUGAUGAUGAUGAUGUUAGUGAGGAGGAAAUGCCCUCAGUCAAACCAGCCAAGAAAAAGCAGAAGGUUUAAAUCUUACAGAAGCUGAAUUCGAGACGUUUACAUCAGACCUUUUAUUAGUUUUAUACAAUAUUAGAUUUCAUGUUCUUCUAUGAGACAUGAAGGAGGAGGAGGGUGGUGAAGAAUUUAAUGGAAUUUUGUACUGUCAGAUUGUACUGUUGCAAAUGUUAAAUAGAAAGGUUGAAGCCUCAAUACAGCCAGCUCUGUGAACUUUUACUUCAUGUUAAAAAUGUUUAUAUGAGUGAAUACUGUUACUUAUGUGUAUGUAAGUAACCGCCAACAACAAACUUCAGGUUCAGUCUCAGUUGGGAGACACAGGAAUUCACAGUCCUGUCACCUUUGUGCCCUUAAAUGAGGCACUUCACCCCAGGAUUAUUCCAGAUGUACUACCCCUAUAACACUGUACCAUUACAGUGAAAAUCCUGUCAGUCUGCAUCUGCCGUUAGGGAAAGCACCAGCAUUGUUCUCUACAGAUUUUCCUCUUAUCAUGCAUUGAUUUGUUUGAACUUUUAUCUUUUUUUUUUUUUUCUUCUUUUUUUUUUUUUGGGGCAAUCAGGGAUUUUAAAUCUUAGUCCCUUUUUGAAGGACUGAUAGUGAAGUUUUGCAUGUGCAUUUGAUAUUGAGAUCAGUCAAGAAGGACUUGCCAUGAUUGCCAUUUUUGUAUUUUUAUGGAUUUAUUUACAGAAUCUGUAAAUAAAGUUAGUUGGUUUAAUAAAA